AUGGUCAAACAUUUACCGCCUGCAGUUAAGCACCUUUUGGCGCUCCGUAACCCAGAAGCUUGGCCAAGUCCUUCCCUUGGAAAACUUCAUAGCGUGUUCAACCGUACCCUGAACGAGGCAAAACACCGAAACGCUGAAAACGGAUGGCUCGUCCUCUCGACAUGCACACUCCUUACUACCAACAGACCGUCUUCUCUUGGCCACUUGUAUCGGUUCGUUACCAGGAGUGAUCCAAACUUGCUUGAAUCGCGAAAAAGCCUUGCGGAGGUCGUGUACAAAGCUGCCCUCAUGCGGGAAGCUGCACUAAAGAGCGUCAUCUUCGUUGGCGUACCUCGGACGAUUCUCUCCUUGACGGGGCUAAAGGACGCGCUCGAAGAAGACGUCUACGCCGCGUUACGGAAAAACUCCAUCAGGGAAGCAACUCCGCAGACCAUCGAAGCGACCGUCGCAAGGGGCCAAGCGCUGUGGAAUUCGAUCUACCAGCCUCAUGCGGUAAAGCUGUAUAAUAAGUUAGGGGACCUUCAUCCUGAUUUCAUCAAGUUUAUCAUUCAGGCCUACGGUACAGUCUUGGCCCCCUUACCGCGAGGGGACUUGGAGCAAGGAAACCUCACCCGUGCUCUUGGAUCAGUAGUCGGCAUCGCUACUCUCCGUGCCGAGAGCAGAGUCGGACCUCAGCUAAUCAGCCACGUUUUCGGUCUUCUCAAAGCCCGCAAUGAAGAGAACUUGAACGACGAAGACAAGUAUCUAUCAAGCGACGAAGGCACCGAAUGGGUUGUACGUACGAUAGAUGAGAUUGUCGACGCCGUAACAUCAGAAGAGGCGUCCCUGGCAAAGGGGAAAUUGUAG